UAAUAAUCGACAGCUGGUUGGCCACUGACUGAAGAUUCCUCCUUCACGGUCUUCAUCAUAUUUAUGUUCACAAGAACCUCCAUCCAGCUCGUCACUCUUACCUCAUUGAUGUGUCGAUGCACCAACCCAUGGAUCAUGACCAUGCCCCAACCCUGGGUAAACCGAACCUCAGCCAGUUCCGGAUUCAGUUGAUGGCCGAAACCGCUAACAUCAAACGCAGCUGUAUCGCCCGGAGUCCUUGCGAGCGUGGUAAUACCGGCGCCACUCCGGAUCCGAAUCCGAGCCGGACCAGGGGCAGGAGCACGACGACGAGGAGCGAGCUGAAUAGUAAUAGAUCCACCGCCCAGAAGCAAUCAGGGGCGUACCAGCCGAUAGGAAGGAUCAGGAAAGAGAAGAAGGAUGUCGAUUCGGAUGGAGUACUGGAUGGCCGCCUACUACUAACCGAGCCGAACGACCCAAGCGAGAUCGAGGAUGGCCACACGCUGCGAAUCAACGCGGCCGUCGAUGAGAAUCUCAACCAGCGACUGGCUGAGUUCGAUCAGAAGAAGAACCAGAACGAUCAGCCUCAGCACUCAAUCGAUUCCUCAUCAACCUCAUCAGCCUUCAAGCCAUCCCUACUCUCAACCACAACCACCUCUCAGUACCCUCCGGAUCAUCCCCACGAAGACCUGCUUACCAUCGCAUCUACCACCGUACCCUCGGCUUGUUCGGCAUCAUCCGAAUUAGUUGGAACUCUCGAUCAUCAACCAAACAAUCAUCGUCCUCAGCUCAGCUUCGACCCUGUCGUUCGGAUCAUCCCCAAUCCAGAUGAGGAGAACUCGUCCGAUGAAGAGAAUCCUCGCCAGCGUUCCAGGAGUCGUACGAGGAAGAGACCCGUUCGGCUAUGUACUAAGAAGAUCGCCUUACCACUUAACAUCUCAACCAGCUCUCUGAUCGGAAUCGGCCACCAUAGCAAUCACUCUAACGCUUCACUCAUCCCAAACUCCCCUCCAGGCGGCGUAUCUAGCAGAGAACUCUUUGCGCAAACACGGAAAGAGAUCGACGAAGAUGAGCAAUUCAUCCCCGACGUCCCUCGCUAUCUCAACCUCACCCUUCCUAGUAUCACCCGUCAACCGGAUAGAAGGGCACUCAGGCUGGAAGAAGAACAUAGAUUGGAGCGAUGGAGGCAAAUGGGAGGCGGUCAUAAAUCAAACCUCAAACCCAACGCUUUCUCCAACCUCUCUCAUCUAUCACCCGCUCUUCGAGAACAACUGACCAGCGCAACUGUCCCGAUUCAAUUAACUACCAACACCGCCAUCAAUUCAAUUGCUUCCUCCAUUUCCCCCGAUGAUGUGUUGACCCAGAGCGCGUCCUUCUCCAAGCAACUCACAUCAGUAGACUCAAAGGCUCAACUUAAGAAUUCAGAACCUGUCCAUUCAAUCGCACCACCAAUCCCUGGCACAAUUACCUCCCCCGACUGUGAACCUGCCCACAUUUCGGUAUCAGUCAUUGAUCAGACAGUCUGCGCCGAGUCUGAGUCACCCUGUCUAUUGAUGAAAGACGGCUAUAAACGCUCUCCAUUUCGAUGGUUUGGCCAAAAAGCUAAAUCAAUUCGUCUAGAUAGGCAACGAAAGGUUUCUGGUAAUCUCAGAAACGCCCCCACCUCACCUCCUGCAGAAUCGACCGGUGAUUCACCUCCUGCCCCGUUACAGAAAACCCCUACUCCUGCGUGGGUUGAUCAAUCAUCACAAUGCAUGUCACCUGAUGAAUCGCUGGAAGGGGCACCACUCAAGCGGAUGUCCACUCCUCGCUGUCUAGCUGAAGAAGUCGUGAUAACUGGAGCUCCAUUACAGAGGACGGCAACACCCAGUACCUCUUUACAAAAACCUUUGGUUGUACCGCCUCAACAUAACUCUACUCAAGGCGCCCCAUUAGAGAAAACCUCGACCCCUGGUGCUGCUUUACAACGGUCCGCCACCACCGGUACCCUAGGCAGCAAACCCAAACAGGCUACGUUCUUCAAGAAGCUAGCGAUCUGGCGAAAAACACCCCCUUCAUCGGACCGGACGGAGUUAACCAUAGAUCCUGCGUCAGGUAUUCUUGACAACGUCAUGGUCAUCUCAACCACCUCUCCCACUCUUCCAAGCAACCCAAUCCAAAACCCAUCUAACGCUAGCCUGUUAUUGGAAACCAAUGGUGAUGCUUUGUCGGACAUUCCGACAGACAAGUGGGGAUCACGGAAAGAAGUUCCAUUGCGCGAAUGCUGUAACACGUGUUUAAGUUCUGCUAGCAUUGAAGCUGCAACAAGUCUUGACAACCAACUCUCACCAGGUGCCCUCAAGCAUUAUCACAAGAAAAGCUGGAUCUUACAGGAUACCUUAAGGCAAGGUGGCAUCCCUUCUCAGCAGAUCAAGCUCAUUUCUGAAGAACUUGGUGCACCUUACACUUCUUGGGUUGCUCAAGACUCCAAGUACUAACAUGCACUACCUGUCAUGGUAAUAUCCCCUCAUCCUACAACUUAUACCCACAAAGCACCUCCUUUUCUCUUGUUCCUUUUUUUGAACUAAUUUCCCCAUCCCACAACUAUCAUUAUCAUUCAACUUUAUUUUCUCUUUUUCUUAUGAUAUCCACUUUCACAUGAGCUUCUAAGAACUGAUCAAUUGUGGAAAGCAAAAUUCAUACUUCAUUUAUCUAUUCUGCAAAGCCACCAAAGCAUCAGUUCUGCCACUUCUUAGCCAUAAUUGUCUUGUUUGAUUUUGAUAAGCAUUCCUCUUCUGAUUCCUUCAUGUGCUCUAAAAUAUUUUGUCAAUCAUUGAAUUCUCUACAAUCUUUCAUCAAAUUCCCUAAAAUCUUUCAUCAAUUUCCAAAAAGCUUUGAAUGAUUAAAUUUGUUUUUC